AUGUCACACUCAGAUGAGAAGAUUUCUAAAACGACAAAAUCGGUACAGUCAGAUUAUGAAACUCCAGUGGACAGAAGCAGACUUCUAGGCUGGGCAGACAAAACACUUUCAAAACUUAAAUCAGACAAGAAUUUUCUAAGAAAGACAGGAAAGAAGUCCAGACAAGAAACAACAACUGGAGAUGAAGAUUUUUGUACAACACCUUCAAAGAAAGGAGAAUGUGAAAAAGAAUUAGAACCAAAUGAAGAAGCAACAUUUGUUUCAGAAGUUGUAACUUCAAAAUUGAAAAGAAAAGUGCAGCAUUUGGCAUUUGAUGCUAGUGUCACAAGAUGUAAACGGUGCGCUUUAGAAGUUCAGAGAGCAGAAAUCAGUGCAAGUAAUGAAAGACCUGCAUUUGAUUAUAGUGACUCUAUCUCAGAUUCUAAGAAAUUAAAGAAAUAUAAAAUGAGCAAAGAUUAUUACACAGUGAUUGAAAGUGAGUCCACUUCAGGGAAAAUGAAAAAUGCUAUUACUCGUAAACAGCGCGAGUUACAGAAAUCAAACCGCACUUUUGCCAUAGUGUUAGAAGAGGGUAACCGGACAAAUGAGGGAGACACACUGGAAAGAAACCCCAAAGCAAAGAAGAAGGAAAAGGGUUUUUAUACACAUCCAGUCUCAAAAAGAAAGAAACUGAAUAAAUACAGAGAGUGCACAGAAAAAUGCAAACCCAAUGAGAGUAGGCAUAAUUCAGAAAAUAAGGACGAGGUGGGUAGCGGUGACAGGUGUGAAUCAUCUUCAGAAAGACAGGAAGAGGAAGCAUUUGAAGGAUAUUACAAUUCUGUUGAAAAGAGGAAAAAGAAAAAACAUAAACACGACUACAGCUUUGAUGAAAUGCACAAUCUUUGUUAUGGUUGUUACAAAACUGAAUCUGCUUCAAAGGGGAGGAAACAGAAGACUGACAAAAGAAAUUCUCGUUCUGACACAGUUGAGUUCAAGAAAAAAAAGAAAAAUGGAAAUUCUCGUUCUGACACAUAUAGUAAUUCAUCUCUUGAUGUACAGGAAGGAGUUAAAAAGAAGACAGAAAAGAAAAAACAUAAAGGUGUCAGUACUGACAAACGACAAUCUCAGGCAGAGGAGAUGGAAUCAGAAACGGUUAAGAAAGCUUCAUCGUCAGCCUCAAAAGAAAGAACAGAUGACAAAAUCAAAGAAAUUGCUGUAAAUGAGGGUGACGUAGAAUGUGAAUCGUCUGAUCGGUCUGCAGAAUCGACAGUAACUGUAAGCAACUCUAAAGAAACAAAUAAAAUAGUGAAACUUGUAAGAUUGGUAAACACCUUACAUACCAAAAAUAUUAAACAAAGCAGAAAGAAGUCUAAAUUUGGUUUAUCACCAAUUUAUAGGUUAUUAGCUGCAGAGUCAGAUUUGAAUAAUACCGGGCACGCAUGCCAAAGUUGCAGGAAGUGCAAACGGGAUCCUGACGUUAGAUAUGGCAAGAGUGCCGACAAUGUAAGUACAGACAGAAUUAGCGUCAUUAAAAUUGAACCAGGCAUAAAAAUUAAACAAGAAAAAGAGGAUGUUGACGGCAUCGGCGCACACAUUACGGACAAGCCGAUAUUAGCCGUGAAAGAAGAGUUACAAAGUGAGUUGAGCCCCGACUUUGCGGGCAGAACAGAUGACAGCGUAGGUAAUGUGGGAGGCCUUGAUAAAUCCAUUAACAGCUUAACUUGUAAGGAAGAACAGGCUGGCGUGGGAAGUGAUAGUGGAGAAAGUAGAUAUUCGGUUCUGAAAGAAGAUGCGCUGACAGGUGGAAUCGAUAAUAACGUAAAUGGAAACGAGGAAACAGACGCUUACGAGGCAUAUUAUAAUAUUUAUGAUGAUAAAUUUACUGUGAAUGAAGAAAUCCUUACAAGCACGCAUGAUUAUCAGAAUUAUGGCCAAUGGCAUGCAGAAGAUACAGAAAGUGUAAACUUAAAAUUUGGAGAAAAACAAAACACUGAUUAUAUGGGUGGCGCUGAUCAACUUAAUUCAGUCAGUACAGACAACUUUAAAACUGUGGAUGUGCAGAAAACUACAAGUGUGAAAGAAACUAACGGAUUAAAUGUACGUACGGCAUCGGAAUAUGGUCCGGCUGCACAGAACAACACGUGGAAUGAGGAAUGCGCAGACAAUUUGCGUCAGCCAUCUAAAAUUAGGAAUUACUCGUGUGAUGUCAGAGGAUCUACAACUGGCGAAGUCAAUUUCAUACAUGUCGCGCCUUGGUGUAGUAAAAAAAUUAUCGCAAGGAUUCUAGGAGUACGCUCUCUAGAUGUUUAUGUUCAAUAUAAUUUAUAUGGAAACAUCCGCGUAACUGUAAAGUUUGAUAAUCUGAAGUUUCUUAAGAAAAUUCAAAAUAAUGCAAGCAAAAUUCAGUGCGCUCGGUGGUUUAUAACAAGAGGAAGCAAACGGUGGGCAGCGGCACAUCCGCGCAGCGCUGGAGUUCAUCAUCGCCCAACGAAUAGAAAAUUUUAUAUAAAUAUCGGCACUAAUGCGGUGGUUUAGUAAGAAUGUAUGUAUGUAUGUUUGUGUUUAUUAAUGUUGCUGAUGUUUCCACACUUGCUUUUAGUCUCUGUCCAUUCUGUGUCCUUCAACUUCACUGUCUGUGCCAUUAAAUCCAUAAUUCCCUUUAUCCAUCUGAUUCUCUGCCAUUUCUUUGACUUUCCUACUCCAUAUUGUUUUGUAUCAGUAUCAUACAAAAUGAAAGUUUUGUUUUCUCUAAUUACGUGAUGUGGGGAUUUUGUCUUUUUUGAUAUUCCUGGCGAUUAUCUCCAAAAAUUCACUUCCACUGCCAAUAAUUUUCUGUUUUUCCUGAAGUAUAUUUUUCAAGACAGUAUUUCUAAGAGCCCCCCUCCCUGCCACAAAACAAUUUAUUAUUGUUUCUUAUAAAAAUUAUAUCUUAUUAGAGUUCUUGCAGCCAACAUGGCGCUUUCAUCACUGCCUUGUAAAAAUGUAGAAUGCAGAUUUCCUGCUGCUUCCACAGCCACUCGUACAUGACGCACACCAUCCAGACAUUUUUUGUGUCUUGAAGAGAUGGAGGCAGCAUGUUCUUCUGAAACACUGGUAUACAAGCAGAAGACCACAUUGUGAACUCGGUGCUGUGGUGGAAAUCUCAGAUGUGUAUUUUCAGUAUACACAACAGUAAACUUUACCAGACUACAUGGCGUACAACCCAGAAGACGGCCGUCGUCGGACUCAUCGCCGUGAAAACCUUGAAUCCUACAAAAGUUAUAUCGUUGUUUAAUUAUUAUUUCUCUGUAUUGCUGACAUGUUUUGACACUUGUAUCACCUUGAAUUUGUUCUUAUUGUAAGUCGCUGUGUAAAGGCUGUUUGUAUGUUGAAUGUAAAUGCAGUUAUAUUAUCCCAUUCCUCAUGUGUCGCUUAUAAUGCGGAAUUCCUAAAAUAAACUGAAAUAGUGCAUCAAUUA